AUGUUUUUUUGUAUAAGCUGUCACGAAACAUUCCCAGAUGAGACUUCGCUACACACUCACUGUCGUGACAAAGAAAAUCACCACUAUUGCAAACGCUGCAAGAGGUUGUUCCAUACGAGAGCCAUCCUGCAAGAGCAUAUUCGCACAGCCGCGGUCCAUCAGCAGUAUGCAUACACAUGCAACACCUCCCGCCUCAUCGACUCCUCUGUCAAGUCGUUGAACGAUCCGGAAGACCCUUCCUGCUUCGCCUGCGAAACACAUUUCUCGUCCAUGCGGAUACUCUACCGGCACCUCGCCAAUCGUUCCAGUCAUCACUGGUGCUUCGUUUGCUACCGCGACUUUGAGACUUCUCACAUUUUAGAAGAGCAUGUUUCAUCGUAUGAAGACAACGAACACGUUCUCGAAUGUCCCAUCUGCGCUAAGACUUUCGCAACGCCUUCCUGCAUGGCAGAUCACAUCGAAUAUGACGGUGCAUGUCAUUAUUCGGGUCGCAACCAAGUUCGGCAAUCCUCGACAGCAUGUCCGCCAAAGGUGAAGUCAUACCGCUCGUCAACGAGCCGCCUGAACGACGUGGCCUCAUCUGUCCAUGCCGACUACGUCAACAAUGCAAGACCAUUCAACGGAGACUCAUACCAAUGUUAUCUCUGCCAUCGUACCUUUCGCACUCUCAAGGGAUUGCACAGUCACCUCGAGUCUUUGGCGCAUGACAGGCGAGAUCUUCGCUGUCCGAAGUGCAAGGCGUGGUUCAGCACUGCAUCGUCUUUAACUGACCACAUCGAGAAGGAGCUUCGCGGUGUGGGCGAGGUUUGGUAA